AAAAUCUAAAAUUUCUGAAUUCGAAUACAAAUUUGAACAAUUCAAGGAGCGGCGUACAUGAUAAUGUAGGCCAUUAAUCAAUCUCGUUACAGAACGAUUGUAUUCAUAUGGGUUGUUAUAAAUAGUCAUAUCGAUAAACUAUUAUCAGUGUCGUAAGAGACAUAGCGUCCAGUAGUCUACAUGUCAAUCUAGGUCAAAAUAUCUCAAGUUGACCACAUCGAGGAACGAGAGAGGACUUGGUAGAUGAAAUGUUUGAAGAUCCUGAGGUCACGAAAUGGCACAGCUGCUUACACUACGUGGUCGCUUAUUCUCAAAACCGUCGAUAGUAAAAUGCUUUCAGAACUGUAAGGCCAUCGUAAUAGAACCAGAAAGGCGUUUUUCUUCAUCUGUAAACCUUGCUGGGGUGACAUCCUCCGUCAGAUUACUCCGCGUCCAGCGCCCUCGAUGUCUGCCGAAACGAUGCAAGGCAACUCUUGCGCAAGAUCCGCGCUUGCAAUAUACCGUCAAACCUGAUGAUUUCCAGGCCACGGACAUGAACGAUGUUGAGGAUAUUGUAAAGGAAGUCACAGAAGGCCAGGGGUAUCUCUUGCUCCCUCAGGUUUUCUCACCAGAAGACAUCGCGCAUGCUAGAGAUGUCAUUUACUACUUGAUCAAAACGGAAGGCCAACGGGCGACACAUUUUCAGGGAAGUGACGAGUCGAGACAUGACCUUCAAGCGCGGACAUGGAAUUUGCUGAAUAAGGGAAUGAUCUUUGAGAAGAUGGUGCAACAUCGGAAGAUCUUGGCCAUCGUGGAACGCAUUUUGGGAGAUGAUCUUCAGCUCGGGAGUAUAGCCUCGAAUACUCUCUUCCCAGGCGCCUCUGGCCAAGAGCCGCACAUCGACUAUCCAUAUUGGGAUUUCUAUGAACGGAAACAUUGGCCAGCAAACCCAAAAGUGGCGAACGUCCCAUUCCAUAUGAACAUGCAGGUUACCGUUUUGCUGGAUGACUUCACGAUAGAAAAUGGUGCUUCCGCUGUCAUUCCCUACUCCCAGCGGAAGUGCGAAUACCCACAUGACCAGGCGGCGUUUUAUAAACAUUGCGUGCAGACGCCAGGCAAAGCUGGUGACGUCGUCAUCUUCCCCGGCCUCAUCCAACAUUGUGCCAUGCCCAACAAGAGCGAUUCCUCCAGAUGUGGACUUCUAUUGCAAUACCUCCCAAAAUAUAUUCGACCAAUGGAGGACAUCAAACGAGCUUUGGACGCAGACGUUCUGAAACGUGUCUCACCGCGCCUGCGCAAGCUCCUCCUGCUUGAUUAUCCCUAUCCGGCCAUUUUGGAUGAAGUCGAGGCAAUCAAUUCGGAAGGAUCGAAAUCGGACUUUGACUGGAAAUACUGACAGCCCGUGGUUUCUGCUGCGGAUGCAAAUAGCCUGUUCUGUCAAGAUCAACCAUUUAGAAAGAACGUCUUCCUUAAAUCCAAAUCAUCCAGAUACACGUAGCAUUGGUUUAGAAUUCUUUUUGGACUCAAUGUACAUUUUCGUGGGUAAAAGUAGACCAAAAAACUGUAAUUUGGUGCUAAAUUCACUUGACUCUUUUAACAAACAUUACCAUGCUUUCGCCAUUAUCAAAGAUAACUAGACGUCCCCUGAACAGAUGGCGUCACUUGUCGACUUGUUUGACAACUUGCCUUUCCACCUCGUCACCGGUCGCCAGGGUUGGUUUCGUCACUGCUUUGGAAAAGGGCCGGUAACAAUUUCUUGGGCUUCAAGAUAAUUUUGACAUGCAUCCCUUUACAACUGCCAAUGCAAAAGUCAAUCAUCGGUGACUUAAACCACAGAAGUCCACCGGUGAAGUUGUAUAAGUGAAGCUUUAUACAUUCUGCGUCGGAUGUAGGAUUAUCACGACAUGAAAUGGGUGAAGGAUUAACUUGUCAAAACAACAGGGAUGAAAAGCCUACCAAAGAAUUUCAAGAAGUUAAACCGUUUGGUCUUGUGACGUUGGAAUUGAAUCAAAGGAGAAAUAUGACGCUCUGGUGUUCUCAGCCACUUUCAGGUUUUUCAUAAGCUAGGUCAUAACGCAUACUUGAUACGAGGUACAGCGUUGUCGCAGACAUCCGCUACUGUGAUACUUCAGAUGUAACCACACCCAAAGUGUUUAUUAAAAUCUUAAGAGCCCAUUUUUCGUGCCGUGCUUUGCAAUGUGGGUGUAUAUGAUAUUAACUUGGGGCCAAUGUCGCACGUUUUAGGCAUUUAUUGAGGGGAUUAAGCCUAACCUUCUCAUAUUUUGAUAAUCUGGUAUAAGGGCUGAGACGGCGCACCCCGGACACUUUUUCGAAUGAUUAAGUUCUGAUUGAAAGAUUGGCAGUCGGCGCAUGCGACAUGCUGAUGCCAUGAGUGUUGCGAGCUCGAGAAAAUGUAUGCUUGGCAAUCGGCCCAUGCUAGUAAUGCGCCGGCCAUGUGAAGCAAGCAAGGUUUGUUAAACGAUAUGCUGCCAAUUGAGGGAACGUGUAUGGAAAAGGAAAUCAUCUCAAAGGACCAACGAAGUUAUUAAGGGCUGCUGAUAUUACCCAACUCCCGGCUGACCAGUCAGUCACCUUUCCACUCCACCUUUAUUCAAGAGUGUGCUUUAAGUGGAAAAAUAUCAAAAAGGAAGAAAUUGGUAGGGCAAAACAACUCGACCUGUUCAGUUUUGCGUGUUUUCAUGGCAUUGUUCACACCUUAUUUUGAAGUUAUGAUAACUCAGAACAGAACCAGAGUGGAAAGGGGCAACGUGUGAUAAACAGGGUUUUUUCUAUCCCUCGAAAGGAAGAGGUUGAGGUCCCUGACCAGGUCUGUCCGGCCCCUCGAUGAACUUUGACUGUGAUCAACGAAAACCAUAUCAUGAGGGGUACAUAGCCUUUACCAGUGACCAAGCUUUUGUAAAUUUAAGGAAAAACAACUUGCAUCCCUUUAACAAAAUUUGCCUUCAAGUAUAUUGGGUGAUCCACGGACUUGCUCCCAAAACGUUCCCACUUGUCUCUUCAUUCCUGUUGUAUGCAUGCGUAUACGGUAGGAUUCAGGAACUUCACCGGAACGUGUCGCCGGGGAAGGCGGCAGAUGCAGAGUACCCAAUUCCUUCAAAUGGUGGAAAUUUUAGGAAGAAGGAAUACAACAAAUACAUGAAUUUAUGUACAAUUUAUUGUGACAUUUCUUAGAAUAAAUAUAUACUGCUUUUUCUUCCAAAUCGGCUACAUUUAGAAUAUACUAUACAUCAUCACAAUCGUACAAUAAGAUCACAGAUUAGUUGAGAAGUUUGUACUAUAUAUACAUGUACAUUCAGUGGCAAUCAACCCCUUAACUUGCCCUGAGCAAUGUCACAUCUGUUUCAUGUAUAAGACAGAACACGACACAGUGGCUGGAACACCAAUCAAGCAAAGCCACGUGGGGAAGGCCAAUGUGACAUUUUCAUAUUAUGUUCUUUUCCUGUUCCAACCGGCCAGUUAGAAAAAAAUGUAGGCCAAUCUCCUUGACAUCAUAACGAAAACCGGUACAAACUGGUAAAAAAUCACAAGCCAACAAUUUAUUGUAGUACAAGGCUCCCUUGAUCGUUCCAACCAUGAAAAAAGUUGUACUUUUUCUUUGCUUUUUGUUUUCAUUACAUAUUUGGUUAAACAAAAUAAUCGCCAAAAACUGUUGUAUAAUGUUUCAAUUCUAAUACAAACACCAAAUAUUAACCAAACAUUAUAUAACAGUCGCCAAUCUGAGUAAACAACCUGAUUGAUUCUAACCAAAUUCCUUUUUUUCCUCGCCAAACAUGUACAUGUACAACUUAUAUGGCAUAAGUUUCUAAAAUUUGUACAAUUGUGGGUUUUUUGUACACGACCCUUCAUAAAUAACUAUGCACGCCACGCAUUUUUUUCCGUACUUUCCGGAUAGAGACUUAUUAAUCUUUCCUACAGGUAGCUUGACAAUAAUUCUAAAACACCUUGGUUACAAUGAUUCAUUUUUAUAAUGAAUUAUGUACAAGCCUCAUUCUGACUAUCACUGAGGCUUUGGUGAGACAACCUGGCUUGCCUCUUUGUAGGCGGAUUAUUCCUAAAAAUCAUUAACUUUGAUGUGUUUUAAGAUAGAAGUUGACACCGAACUGGAGGUAUUGGUCGUCUCGCCAAUCACCGCUAGGUGGAGAUGUCCUUUCGACCAAAACACUGGUUGCCCCCGUCGAUUUUGGCCUACAUUUUAACUCCUAUACAUCUACCUCGCGGCAGUGUUUAGUGAGACAACAAAUACCUCCACUUGGUAUCAAUUCCUUAAACCAUUGGAAUUGAGAGCUAAACAGGCGUCUCUCAAUAAAAAAAUGCAAGCUUAUACUUAACAUGCCUAACAAAAGUAAGACGAUUCACCGGAUACCUAAUAUCAUCAGACUAGGACACAACAUGCAAAUAUCACCCAUCUUUUGUCUUCUCCCAUUACGUGAAUGGGCGAAAUUAAAAAAAAUCAUUGUGAGGCCUUAAAAGAGGCUUAUUGUCUGAACACAGAGAAAGACUAAUACCUUUGAUAUAUUCACAUUAUUAAAAAUUCAAAUUCCAUAUUAGUAUGGAUAUGGAUUCGAUAGUUCUUACAUACCCUGUACAGCAUGUAUUGGCAUGCAGUAUUGAGUUCGUCCAUGUUUUGUUCGUCCAUGCCCCGAUGUUUACCUGUUUUCGCCAGUAUUGGCAGUUCCUCCAUAAGGAAUGCCUGUUCAAAUCUUAAUCAGACCCAGACGGCAUGCACAAUGAUCCGAAAAAGACAUAUCGUUAUAAUUUUAUAUAGUCCUGAUAGCGGAUGUCUAUUGUUGCUAACAUGAUAAACCCAAAAUAUCUUUUGUAUAAAAUUCAUAACCAUUUCCGUCUGGCAUUUACAUGUAAUUCGCGACAACUUUCAUGUCACCGGCAAAUGUCUUUCUUUUGUAUAACUGAUGAGAAUAAAAUGUUAUUACCACCAUCACGGACUUUUAUUGUCGGACAUAUUUACAUGAUUUGUAGAUAGAACGGGAGACAACAUGGAGGACGUUUGAAAGUAUAC